CUCCAGUUGGAUCGCGAAAGCAGCAAAGAAAACAAAAGAAGGAAAAAUGGCAGAAGUAGCACCAGCGCCAGCCGCCGCUCCCGCUAAACCAGCGAAGAAAAAGGCUUCCAAGCCCAAGAAGACCGGCCCUAGCGUCAGCGACCAAAUCCUUAAAGUAGUGACCGCUUCCAAAGAAAGGAAAGGGGUGUCACUAGCUGCCCUGAAGAAGGCUCUGGCUGCCGGAGGAUAUGAUGUGGAGAAGAACAACGCCCGCGUUAAGAUCGCCAUCAAAAGCCUGGUUUCUAAGGGCACUCUGGUUCAGACUAAGGGCACCGGCGCUUCUGGUUCUUUUAAGCUAGGCAAGAAAACCGCUGAGACCAAGCCUAAGAAGCCAGCGAAGAAGGCUGCUCCUAAAGCCAAGAAGCCUGCCGCUGCCAAAAAACCUGCGGCAGCGAAGAAGGCUAAGGCAGUAAAGAAGCCCGCAGCCGCGAAAAAGUCUCCGAAGAAGGCUAAGAAACCAGCUGCUGCCAAGAAACCCGCCAAGAAAGCCGUGAAGAGCCCGAAGAAGGUCGCCAAAAGCCCGAAGAAGGUGGUCAAGAAGGCGCCCGCAGCCAAGAAAUCCCCGGCAAAGAAGGCUGCCAAGCCUAAAGCGAAAAAGACCGCAGCCAAGAAGAAGUAAGCUGUCAUCGCUGUUACGUUUGAACUCAAAGGCUCUUUUAAGAGCCACCA